AUGCAGCGACUGCAGGAGCAGGUGAAGAAGCUCCAGGCGGAUGCAGCGGACGAGGGCCGGAGACGAGCACAAGCUGAUACUCUGGAGCUGAAGGUAGCCAAUCUGGAAGAGGAACUACAGGCAGCUCAAAGGCAGUGUGACCAGGCUAUCCAGAAGAGAGACGCCCUACUGAGACAGUCCGAGGCUGAUCUUCUGCAAGCGCGGGAGAAGAUCCGAAGCAGGGCGGCAGAGGCUCGAGGGCUGGAAGCUGAUCUGCAGAGAGCCAAGAAAGAGAAAAGGCAGAGGGAGAAAGAGUGUGUAUCACUCAAAACACAGCUGCUUCAGCUCAGAGAACAACUGAAGGAGGCUCACACCACUUGCAGAGACACGGGCCAGGAGCUGACGCGGCAGCAGGAGAGGGUGCAGAUGCUGGAGGGAGGUCAACAUCUGGCUCAGGAGCAGCUCUCCGAGCGUGUGGCUGAGGUGGUGCGAGCAGAGAAAGCCCAGAGGAGACUGCAGGCAGACCUCAAGGGAAUAACAGACAGUCUGGAAAACACCCAAAAGGAGCUGCAGGACUCACGGAGGCUGGUAGAGCGCUUGAGAGCAGAGGCCAGCAGCAGCAGAUCGGAUGUGCUCAACGCUCAACAUGAAGUCGGGAGACUCCAGCAGGAGAAACAGCAGAUCCUGGAUGAGCUGGACAUCAGCAGAGAGACCCUCUCAGCCCUGCAGACUAAGCUGUGUGAACAGGAGAAGCUUAUAAACACACACCAGACUCAGCUUCAACUGUGCAGGAGACAACUGGAGACCAGAAAGGACCAGGAGCAAAAACAGCACCAACAGAUGAGCAGUCUGCAGGCUACAGUGACCAGACUGAAGCUGGAUGUGGAGCAGGAGCGGGAGAAGUGGCGUCAGGGGGUACGAGAGGCAGCCAAGGCCGAUCAGAGAGGCAGAGAGCUGAGACUGGAGCUGAGCACCGCACAGGCCACUCAUAAAGAGUACAUGGAGAUGCUGGCGGAGUACAGUGGAGAGGUGGCGUCCCAGAGGAGUGAGCAGGCCCGUCUGCAGCAGUUCCUGAUCCAGCUGACGGAGGAGAAGAAGGCUCAGGACGAGCGAGUCACACAAAUGAGUGCAGAUCUAGAGAGACUGCACAGUGAGAGCAGGAGCUCUGAGGAGAAGGCUCGUGCGAGUGAGGCGCGGCUGGCGGAGCUGCACACACAGCUGUCCCGCUCUCAGCAGAGGACACAGGAGCACAUGAGCGUCCUGCGGGACAGAGAGGAGGAGGUGCUGCUGCUGAAGAUGGACAUGGCCGCUCUCAGAGAGAACUACGCUGAGAAAGUGUCCCAGGUUGAGGCUUUGCACUCACAGAUGGACAGUGUUGAUCAGAAAUAUAACGCAGCUGUGUGUGAAGUGGAAGUUUUGCGGCAGUGUUUGGGAGACGCACGGAGUGACAGCUCUCGACUUCACAGGGAAAGUGAACUCGUCGUGACCAAUGUGAACCAAUGGGUAAAGGAGCAAAAGCACACUAAUGAGAAACUGGCACUCAAGAUCAAAGACCAGAGCAGGAAGAUCAUCCACCUGACAGCUGAGAGAGAUCACCUUCAGGAGAAUGUGAAGGGUUUACAUGGGGAAAUCAGGAGGCUGAAUGCAGAGCGACUGAAGCCGUAUCAGAGGAAGGCCAGUAAUGAUUCUCGCCAGUCGUGUGGAACGCGGCACGCGGGGAAGCGGGGCGAGACAGACGCCAGAAUAAAGGCGGCUAUCAUUUCUGCUCGUGCGAGUGAGGCGCGACUGGCGGAGCUGCACACACAGCUGUCCCGCUCUCAGCAGAGGACACAGGAGCACAUGAGCGUCCUGCGGGACAGAGAGGAGGAGGUGCUGCUGCUGAAGAUGGACAUGGCCGCUCUCAGAGAGAACUACGCUGAGAAAGUGUCCCAGGUUGAGGCUUUGCACUCACAGAUGGACAGUGUUGAUCAGAAAUAUAACGCAGCUGUGUGUGAAGUGGAAGUUUUGCGGCAGUGUUUGGGAGACGCACGGAGUGACAGCUCUCGACUUCACAGGGAAAGUGAACUCGUCGUGACCAAUGUGAACCAAUGGGUAAAGGAGCAAAACAGCUCACAGCUUCCUCACUGCAGCCCAUUAUCUGUGCCCCUGCUCCUCUCCAGGCACACUAAUGAGAAACUGGCACUCAAGAUCAAAGACCAGAGCAGGAAGAUCAUCCACCUGACAGCUGAGAGAGAUCACCUUCAGGAGAAUGUGAAGGGUUUACAUGGGGAAAUCAGGAGGCUGAAUGCAGAGCGACUGAAGGUCCAGAACCUGCUCCACAUGCCACCUUAUUCCAUUAUUGAUGAUAGAGAGAGAGAGUCAGAGGCCUGA